AUGGCACCCCUCUCUAGCAUCUGGGCGUACCUGAACGAGGACAUCGGCGAAGACCUCCUCCUCGAAUGCCAACUUCUCCUUCUCUCCUUCGCCACCGGCAUCCAAGACGCCGCGACAUGGCCCGACUACAGCUGCUUCGCCUCGAACCAGACCGGCAACACCCUCUUCCUCGCGAUCGGGGUCGCCGGCCUCGCCAACAAUGCCUACAGCUUCCCCAACAUCGGCAUGAGCCUGGGGAUGUUCAUCGCGGGGGGACUCCUCGUCGGCCAGCUGGGGAACCUGUUCGGAGUGCGCCGCCGCCUGUGGCUGUUGCUGAGUAGUGUUAUUCAGACGGUGCUGGUCGUAGCCGGGCUGGUUGUGCAGUAUACGCUACCGGUAAAGCAGGAGGGACCGGCCGCGUUGGGGGUCAUUGCGUGUUUGGCGUUCUCGUCGGGGGCGCAGGUGGCGAUGAGCCGGUCGCUGAAGAUCACAGAGAUCACAACGGCCAUGGCGACGGCGGCAUAUGUGGAUGUGGUGGUGGAUCCGGGACUGUUGAGGGUACAUAACCGGCCGCGCACUCGGCGGGUGCUGUUCCUGGUGAUGCUGACGGCGGGGUGUUUUGUCGGGGCGUUUGCGCAACGGGCAGUGGAUUCGUCCUUUGCGCUACUGUGGUGUGCGGUGGGGAAGGCUGUCGUGACGGUCUCGUUGCUGUGGAAUAAACGGCUGGAGAAGACAUGUUGA